UCCGACACUUCCUUCCUUCUCUCUCACUUCCUAGUCGGUGAACAAAAAAACAAAACACCAAAGUCUCUUCCUUCUCUCUGCUAAAAUCACACGCUGUGCCUGUGUCUGUGACAUCAUCCUUGCUCUACAGCGCGAAUCUCCGGUCACAUUCCACCGGAAUGUCAGAUUCCUUCUGCCAGUAGGUGUUGAGAUGAACGGGAUGCAGUACAGAAAGGGUCAGAAAAUUGAGAAACCGUUUCCAGGAUGCUUGGGCAGGAUGGUGAAUCUUUUUGAUUUAAGCAAUGGGGUCGCUGGAAACAGGCUGCUCACAGAUAAGCCACAUCAUGAUGGUUCUUCAAUCUCAAGGAGUCAAUCAGAUGUGGCAAGGAUGUUGAGUUUGCCCGUUGGAGAUCAGGUUGAGGAUAAAAUGAUUGUAUCUGAGUUAAGGAGAAGCUCCUUGAAUAAGAAAGCAAAUGCAACACCUAUGAAGACACUCAUUGCCCAAGAAAUGUCCAAAGAAGUGGAAUCUAAGCAUAAUCCACCCAAUUUGGUUGCCAAGUUGAUGGGACUUGAUUCCCUCCCUCACCAGCAGCCUGUUGCAGCUGAUGCACAAAGAAGCCACUCUAGAGGUUCUUCGAGGCGUUCUUUAAGUCACUCUGGGAUAUUUGUGGAGUCUUGGGAUGAAGAUCAUAGUUGUUUGGACAAGCAGAUGCCCAGUGAAGGUCGCCUGUGCCAAGAGCAAAGUGAAUACAAAGAUGUCUAUGAAAUCUGGCAGCAAUCCCAAAAGACAAUGGUGAGACACAGUUCACCUCAAAAACGAAAUCACAAUGAAAAUGUAAAUACAAAAAAGAUGGCUCUUGUUUGCCAGAAGUUCAUGGAAGCAAAACGUCUGUCAACAGAUGAAAAGGGCCGCCAGUCCAAGGAAUUCCAAGAUGCACUAGAAGUGUUAAGUUCCAAUAAAGAUUUAUUCCUCAAGUUUCUGCAGGAACCAAAUUCAUUGUUCUCUCAACAUCUGCAUGACAUGCAAUCUAUGCCUCCAUCUCCUGAGACAAAGCACAUCACAGUUCUUAGGCCUUCUAAGGUGGUUGAUGAUGAAAGGUUUGCUGGGUCAGGGAAGAAGAGCGACAAACCUACAAAGCAACAGGCACAUACUGGGCAAGCUACUGGGUGGGAAAGCAAUCUUGGAUAUUCUCCUGCCUUUUCCAAUGAGAAGAUUGUUGAAUAUCCUCCUGCUCAACCUACUCGAAUAGUAGUAUUGAAACCUAGCCCUGGGAAGAUCCAUGACAUCAAGGCUCUGGUAUCACCACCCUCAUCACCACCAAGAAUGUUACAUGGUGAAGAUUUUUAUGAUGAACCUGAAGAUGUUGAGGCUCAGGAACCAAGAGAGGUGGCAAAGUUGAUCACUCGGAACAUGCGUGAAAACCUGAUGGGCCAUCGGAGGGAUGAAACUCUUCUUUCUUCCGUGUAUUCCAAUGGCUACACUGGUGAUGACAGUUCAUUUAACAAAUCAGUAAAUGACUAUGCAGUGGAAAAUCUAAGUGAUACGGAAAUCAUGUCACCAACUUCUAGACAUUCAUGGGAUUACAUCAAUAGGUUUGAUAGCCCCUACUCCACUUCCUCCUUCAGCCGUGCAUCUUGUUCUCCAGAGUCAUCUGUUUGCAGAGAAGCAAAGAAGCGACUUUCUGAAAGAUGGGCAAUGAUGGCAUCAAAUGGGAGAGCUCUGGAGCAAAAAAAUGCCCGGAGAAGCUCUAGCACUUUGGGGGAGAUGCUUGCGCUUUCGGAUACAAAGAAAUUUAUGAGAGCUGAGGAAGAGGAUAGUAUUAAGGAACAACAACCAAGAGGAUCUACAUCUUGCAUCACUAGUCAUUUAAAUAAGGAAGAUGGCACGGCUGAUUCUCCUAGAACUCUUCUAAGGUCCAAGUCUUUGCCUGUCUCUACCACGGUGCAUGUUGCUAGGCCCAAUGUUGAAGUUUCACCCCCUGAUGCUGAAAAAACUGAAGUUCUGAAGGAUCUGACAAGGGCAAAGAGCGUGAAAUCUUCUCUAAAGGGGAAAGUUUCUAGUUUAUUUUUCUCGAGGAACAAGAAACCAAGUAAAGAUAAAUCUGUUGCAUGUCAAUCUAAAGAUGAAUUUCAGUCUGCCAUCCCUGAAACCCCUAGUUUACCAAUUCCUUUGACUGAAAAAGUUAGUGAUGGUGCAGCUCAAUGUACUAAUAACUCUGGCCAUGAAAAGUGUUCAUCUCAUGGUUUACAUGCGCCAGCAGGCAUACAUACCUAUCCAGAUUUUAUCAGCAUGGAAACAAAACAAGACAUUGUUUCUCAUGAGGGUGGUCUAUCUGUAACAAAGCCUGUGGUGCCUGGGAAUAUGAAUGAGAAUCAGGAUCAGCCAAGUCCAAUCUCAGUUUUAGAACCCCCAUUUGAAGAGGAUGACAACACAAUUCUGGAGGCUUCUGGCUUGAUACAGAAGCCAGAUUGUAGGGGAAUAGAGGUGCCUCUUAAGUCUAACUUGAUUGGUAAAUCACCACCUAUAGAAUCAGUAGCUCGAACCCUAACAUGGGAUAAUUCUUGUGCGGAGACAGCUAGUUCUUAUCCACUAAAACCCUCUCCCUCCCCAGUCUCCUUGGGUGCUGAGGAAGAUGAAAAGUACUGGUUUUCCUUUGUCCAAACUCUACUAACAGCAGCUGGCCUUGAUUGCGAAGUGCAAUUAGAUUCAUUUUUUUCCAGAUGGCAUUCACCUGAAAGCCCAUUGGACCCACAAUUGAGAGACAAAUACGCUAAUCCAAAUGACAAGGAGCUUUUGCACGAGGCAAAGCGAAGGCAGAGACGAUCGAAUCAGAAACUUGUAUUUGACUGUGUGAAUGCAGCACUUGUUGAAAUCACAGGUCAUGGAUCAGACAGGAGCACAAGGGCUGUGACGUGCAGUGGGGUACAAAACAGGUUGGUAGAGGAUGCACAACCCAUGGUAGCUGAAUACGUGUGGGCUCAGAUGAAGGAAUGGUUUUGUAGUGAUGUGAGAUGUGCUUCUGGGGAUGGUGGUGGGGACAGCAACAGCCUGGUGGUGGAGAUGGUGGUGAGGAAGGAGGUGGUAGGGAAAGGGUGGAUAGAUAAGAUGAGAGCGGAGUUAGAUACUUUACGGAACGAAAUAGAAGGAAAGCUGCUGGAUGAACUUGUUGAGGAGACUGUCACUGAUUUCGCAGGUAGGAUGUGAUGAGGCUUUUUAACUCUUUUUUCCCUAUUUAUUGCAUCAAGCUAUCUAUUUGUGUAAUUGAAUUUCAACAAUGAGGAUCCCAACACCUUAUUUGUUCAAUACCUGUAAGUGCCUAAAUUAGUAAAUAAAUAUGUGCUAUUUGGCAAA